AUGUUAGAGACUGUUCUAGAAAGACUAGAAAGGCUCGAAGAUAGAUUUGGUCAAGGUAGGCGAAAAGAUAAUUCAAAACAGCGUAGUGAAUGCUACAACUGUCACAAACUGGGACAUUUUUGCACGAGGAAUGCCCAGAAAGAGCAGCAGAGCCAGAACGCAAGAGAGGAAAGGUACUCUGAUAAAAGGGCAAAGGGAUUGGCAGGUCUGCAGAAAGCUAGUGAGGUGCCAGCUGAUGAUAAGGGGCAGGUAACUAGCAUGAGGGCAGACGAGUCUGUCAAUGAGCCGUUCGAGGUUGUUGGAAAGAGCAGAGUAGGCAAGGGCUGCAGCUCCAGACAAGUAUCAAUCGCAGAAAAUGUUAAAAUACCAGGGCAAGCUGAGAUGCUUAUUGAUGUUUAUGUCAACAGAGUCGAGGAAGAUGACUUCGACAAAGAAGCUGAGUACCUUGUCGAACCUAAUGAUAGUUUCGCUGAAAAAUAUAAACUGAUGAUGGCCAGUACUCUGGUAGAUAUCAAUAAAGACACAACAUGCAAAGUGAGAGUUUUAAAUCCAUUUUCACAUUCAGUUACGUCAAGACAAGAUGCUAUAAUAGGCAAGGCAGAGAAAAUUGAAGGUGUAUGUAACAUGAUAGUAGAGAAGGAAAAUCCAAAUGAAAGUGAAAAUCUUAAGUGCAUACGUAGGGUAGAUGUCGCAAGUCCUCCAGAUAUUAAAGAUAUGCCCUUUAAGUUGGCAACCGAAGAUGAAGUGCCUGAUCAUUUAAAAGAACUGUUUAAGAGAUCAACCAAGAACAGGACAGAAAAAGAAAAACAAGCUGUCGCUGCACUGUUUGUGAAAUACGGCAAUACGUUCUCUAAACACGAAUGGGACAUAGGGCUGACUCAUUUAAAUGAGCAUUCGAUAGAUACCGGAAAUGCUCAGCCAAUAAGGCAAAGACCAAGACGCGUCCCUCUAGCAUUUGCUAGUGAAGAGAAACAAGCAAUAGAAGACCUGCUUAAAAAGGGCGUCAUUCAAAAAAGCACGUCGCCUUGGUCAAGCCCCAUUGUGUUGGUCCGCAAAAAGUCAGGAGCAGUACGACCUUUGUGUUGA